GAGCCAAGGAGCUGGGACGCACCGCGCAAAUCCAGAGGACUCCACACACACUCCAGAUUCUCGAGAUUAGAGACAAGUCAAGUCAAGUCAAGGCAAAGAAGGACCCCACACUCGGCGAAAAGAUGUGCGACUGCGGCUGCUAUUCGUACUGUCUGCACGACAGCUCCUGCUACAGCCACUACCACUCGCAUUCGCACUCGCACUCGCAUCACUGCUGUGCGGGCUACAAGUAUCUCAAGUGCCUCUGUCGCUACUAUCGCCAUGGGCACUGCACCUGCUCCUGCUGGCGGCGGAAAUGCUACCUGCUCUAAGGAUGCUGCGGAGGACUCCCCUGCCCAGGAUGCGGGGAAAAUACCAGAUGAGGCACACAACACCACACAAAUCACAACUCAAACAACGCAAAUCACCAAAGAAAUCACACGAUAAAGUCCUUUAAGCAGUUGCAUAACACUUGGCUGCAUCCAAUCGAGCAGGAGUGAAAAGUGGAAAAUGGAAAAUGUGGGAAGUGUGGAAAGUGUGGCAAAUGGGAAGUCAGAGGGGGAGAGGAGCAAGCAACUAGCGUGCAUACGGGUCGUAUGUGCAACGUUUUCAGUUGUCGUGUGAAUUGAGUGUGCAUGUGCCUGUGACUGUGAGUGAAAAUGGUUCAAGGAUGUGGCCAACACUGUUAUCGACUGCGUUUUGCAUUUUGCAUCUGCAAAAUCCCCAUUCACACUGAACACACACACCUAACUCCAGUGAAGCAACUCGAAUUAGUGCGUAAGUUUUACUUCACACCCCACAACACACACACACUCGAUUAACACCCACAACACAUCGUUAUCGAACUAAAUACAUCCAAUGUUAGAGCGUAGUGCGUAUCGAUACGUUCGAGAUUUUCGCCAUAUUUGUAACGUUUCCAAUCCAAAAACAAUCCAGAAAUAAAGUUUUAC